AUGCUUCCUGAUUCCAAGUAUUAUAUUCUUACUUAAUAUUAGUAAUCAACUAUUCAUUAAAUUGUCUCCUAAAUUUAAAGCUAUUAUAGUUGCCCAAUUAAUUAAAACUUAACCUUCUCUUACUAUAUAGGAGGCUUUCAUAAGGUAUACUACUUAACUAUAUUUUUAUUAGAUGGUAAGUAAGAACUAAUCCUGAAAUUGUUAAGAGGGCUGUUGAUAAAAUCUUAUUGAAUUCCAAAUUAAAUCAAUUUAACGCUUUCCAAAAAUUAAAAUUCUUAUUAGGGUAUUCAAUACUAUUAAAUAUAAAGUACAAAACCACCUAAAGAAGCAAGAAUGAAUGCCAGAAAAAAAAAAAAUUUGAGUUUAAUCAACUUAGCUUUAUUUAUUCAGAAGAAAGAAUUAUAACUCAAAAGAUAAGCAAUUGAAUCAAUUAAACCAUAAUCAUAAGAUACAAAUAAAAUGUUGGGUUUAUUGAUUUGGUCUAUUAGUACUAAAUAUAGAGAAAGAUAUUUAAGAGAAAAAUUUAAUCAGUGGAAAUUAAUUGCUAAAAUCAAAUCUAAUAAAUUAGAAAAAUAACUAGAAGUCUUAAAAAAAUUAGGAGAAGAAUAUAAUAUGAGAAAUGAUAGAUUAGAUAGAUAAAGAUUAAAAGAAGUAUAAAUAGUAACAUAAUUAUUAGGCAUUUGAAAUAUGGAGAGGAGAUUUGCUCAAUUUCAGAUUAAAGAAAAAGUUUUUUGGAGUUCUUCUCAAAACAACAUUUGGAAGAUUAUAAAGAUGUUAUACAAGAUGGGUAGAUUUACCAGAUAAAAGAGAAAACGAUAUUAAAAAAUAAGGAUUAUUAUUAAUUAAUAAAUUAGGUAACAAAGUAGACUAAAAUAAAAGAUUAGUUUGGAAUGCUUUCAAAGAUAUUCAUGAUGAAGCUAAAAAUAAAAAAACAAAAGUCAUCAGAGAAUUGAUUGAAGUUACAUUCAAUUAAUCUUAUACUGCUUUUUAUAAAUGGGCUAAUUAUAAUACUUAUGCAAAACUAACUGAAACUAAUCUAAGGAAAAUUAAAGCUUUAUAAUAAAGUGCUAAUGUUACUCAUUAAAUUGUUAAAUAAGAAACCUAAAAAUUAUUUAAUCUUAAUAAAAAAAUGUAAAUUUGUCUAUUCCUUGAUAAACUUAUUGUGAAGUUAUAAUAAAGAUAAAAAUUAGAUGCUUUAAGAUAAAUCGAAAAUUAUAUGGUUUAAAAGAAAAUGGAAGAGAAACUAAAUAAUAUAAAUAAAUAAGAUUUAAUAUCAAAAUUAAAAGAUUCAGCAAAUAAAACUGAAAAAGGUUUACUUAAAUAAAUUUUAAGAAAAUUUUAAAUUAAUAGAUCUACUUAAGAAAUAAAAAAUAAAUAUUUUAGUAAAAUAUUGUUAUCUGUCAAUGGAUAAUUGAUUGAUUCAUUUAGAAAAUGGAAAACCUUACCUAAUCCAAAUGAUAUAAACAAUAUUUAAAAGGCUUCAAAAUUUUAGAUUAAAUUAUAACUGUUUAUAAAAAAUAAAAAUAAAUAAGCAUAUGAUCCUUUGAAAUAUUUGUAUGAUAUUGCUUAGUAAAAGAAAAGAUUUUGUAUAAAAUAAUUAUUUUAAGUAACAAUGAGUGCUCCAUAGAGAUAUAUAAAAUAAUGGUAAAAUGUAAAUAGAGUUUAUAAAUCUGUAGUAGCAUGUUAAAAAACUAAUAAUUUUUUUAGUUCUUUAGCUUAAAUUAUUUAAUCAAAUUUGUUAACAUUUGUUUAAAAUAAAAAAAAUAUAGAUAUUAAAGAGAGAUGCAUAUAAAAAAUAUUAGCAUCUCAUCAUAGUAAUUUAGCUAUAGCUUUUUUUAGAUGGAAAAGUCAUAGUAAAUAGGAUUAAAUUUUAAAGAGGUUAGGAGAAGAAAAAAUGAAAUUUCUUAUAUUGAAUUUAAAGAAAUUUUUAGAAAAUGAUAAAAAAUAAAGAUUAAGAAGAGCUUUAAAUUAAUUUAAUAAAAAUCUAUAGUUAGCAUUAUAGAUUAAGAAAAUAAAUAUUAGAUUAAUGUAAACUGUGAUUGGAUAAGUAAGUUCUAGUUUUUAGAAAUGGAAAUAUUUACCAGAAGAUAAAAUUAAUGGGAAAGCAGUAAAAGUAAGUAAAUUUAUGAUAUCACUUGGAAGAGUUGCUUAUAGAUUUAUAAAAGUAAAUUCCUGGAAUAGAUUGGAAGAUUUUUUAUUAGAUGGAUAAGCUAAAAAGAAGUAUUGUAUAAAUAAAAUUAUAUCUAUUGGUUAAAGUGAUUUAAAAACAGCAUUUAUUGCUUGGCAUAGAAGAUCAUGGGAAAUGAAAAUGUUUGAUUAAUUUUCAUAAUUAAAUGUUACAUUGAAUGAUGAAAUAAUAAAGUAAAGAUUAAUUAAUUGGAUUAAUUCUGGUUAUAAAGUUAAACAUUAUGCAUUGAUUGAAAUAUUAAAAAGAUUUCAUUAAAAUGCAUAAUCUUAAAAUUUAAAAAGAAAGGCUUUAGCAAUAAUAAAUAGAAAUACAAUAUCAUAAGUUUGGAUUUCAUUUAAUAAAUGGAAAUCAAUACCUGAAUUUAAUUAUUCUAAAUUAGCAAAAGUUACUAAAUUUGAAUAAUCCUUUAAUCAUUUUUUUAUAAGAAAAAUAAAAUAAUAUGCUUGGAAUCCAUUAUAUGAAAUAUAUGAUGAUGCAUAAGCAAUAAAAAAGAGAACAGUUUUACUACUUGUAAAAACUUAAGAAUCAGAAUAAUAAAAGGCAUUAAGUUAAUGGAAUAAAAAUGUAUCUUUGAUCUAAGAAAUAAAAAGAUGUAAAAGUGUUAUUUUAUUAUUUAAAUUUAUUGGUGAUUAAAUGUAAUGUAAUUUAUAAAUUUUAUAACCAAAUAAUGAAUCUAGAGUAAAAGAGAAAGCAUUAUUAAAAUUAAUUGAAAGUAAUUUUGAUAAUAUAAGAUAUUUCUUUUUUAGAUGGAUUAAUUAUUUAAAAUUUGAAAGAAUAUAAGCAAUAGAAGGAGAAAAAAAAGAAUUUUUGAUUCGUCAAUUUAUAUGUUAUCAUGAAAAUAAUAUAAAGUCUAAAUUGAGAUAGGCACUUUCAAAAUUUAAAAGAAAUUCUAAUAUAAGUGCAGUUUAAUAGAAAUUUUUUUCUAGAUUAUAUGCAACUAAAUUUGGAGGUACAAUCAUAGCAUUUUAAAAAUGGAAAAAUCUUCCUGAAAUAUAAAAUUUUGAAGAUAUUAAAAAAGGAAGAAAAUUAGAAAAAAUAUUAGAAUCUUUUUAUAGAGGUAGAAUUAAAUUAUCAUUUGAUCCAUUAAAAGAUGAUUAUUAAGAAGCCAUGAAUAAAAAAAUGCAUUGCAUUAGAAAAUUAAUAAUCUUAGGUAUGGGAUUAAAUAAAAGAUUAUUUUUAUAAUGGAAAAAUACAAAUAGAUUAUUAAAAUCAAUUGAAACCUGUAAAUAAACUACUAAUUUUUUUUAAACUCUUUCUUUUACUUUAUCAGGAAAUGUUAAAGUUAUUUUUAAGACAAAUAAGAUUUAAGAAAAAGUGUUUUAAAAAAUGUUAUCAUAAUAUAACAAUUUAUUAAGAUGGGCAUUUGUUAAAUGGAAUAAUUAAGUUAAAUCUGAUAAGAUAGCUUCAUAAUUAGAUGAAGAGAAAAAGAAAUUUUUAAUAUUUAUUUUAUAAAGAAAUUUAAAAAAUAAUUAAAAUGGAUAAUUAAGAGAUAUAUUAAGAAAAUUUAAGAAUGGUAACAAUAGAUUAAAUACAAUUAAAAAAAUUUAAUUAAAAUUACUUCACACAUUAAUAGGUUAAGUAGAGAUUUCAUUUAUUAAAUGGAAAUAAUUACCAGAAUCAUCAAAAAUAAGAUAAGCAUCUAUAUUUGAAUAAAAAUUAAACUAAUUUAAAUUAUAGAUUUUAAAUAAAAGUAGUUUUAAAUAUUUAUAAAAUAUAUAUUUAGAUGGAUAAGCUAAAUAGAAAUAUGUAAUAAAUAAAUUGAUAUUUAAUUGUAUGAGUGUAGAAAAGAAAGCAUUUUUAAAAUGGAAUAAAAUAAGUGAGUUAGAGAAAACAGAAUAGAGAGCUAAUAAGGUAUUUGGAUUCUUUAAUUCGAUAAAUAAAAUAUAAUAGAAUUAAAUUUAUUUUGUAUUUGAGGAUUAAAUUAAAGAAAUAAAGAAAUAAUAAGAACUAGUUCGAUUAUUAAAAGAAUGGGAAGAAAUGUUUAAAGAUUCUUAUUAAAAAUGGAAAUAGACAUAAGCAAAAUUAGAUUUAUUAGCUAAUUAAAAUAGAUAGAAAUAAAAGUUUUCAAUAAUUGAAAUACUUAAAGAUUAUAUAUAAAAUAAAAAGAAUUAUAAUUUAAGAUUGAUUUUAAGAAAGUUUAGUAAUUCAAAUAAGAAUUAAAAAGCAGUAAAUAAGUUUUUAUUAGGAAUAUCAAAUUCAUAAAUAGGAUAAUUAUACAAUUCAUUUUAGCAAUGGAAAAGAUUACCAGAACCUAUUAAAACUAAGUAAGGAUAUAUAUUUGAAAAGAAAAUGUUUAGUUUAUUUAGGAAAUAUUUAUUAAAAUCAUUUGAUAGUUUAUAAGACUUAUAUUAUGAGGCAUUAAAUAAAAAGAGAAGAGUAAUGUUAUUAUUAAUAAGAACUACAAAAUCAUAAUAAUAAUAAGGAUUAUAAAGAUGGAGAGAUGCAAUAAAUUAAAUGAAGUUAGAAAAGAAAUAAAAUAUAAAUGAAAAUAGAAAAUUGGCAAUAUAAUUGUUUUAUUAACAUAAAAUGAAUUAAAUGAAUGUUGCUUUUCUUGAAUGGAGAGAUAAAAUAAGAUUAUAAACAAAUAAAUAAGAAACUAAGAUAUAAAAAGAAGAUAGAUUAAAAAAAGAAGCUAUUUUAUUAUUUUAAAAUUAUGGUUAUAUAAAAUUGAGAGUAUAUUUUACAUAAUGGAAAAUAAGAGCAGUUAAAAGAAAUAUGAUAUAGAUUUGUUAAGCAAUAUAGAGAAUGAUACAUUUAAAUAGAUUUGCUGAAAAAGCUCUUAAAAAAUAUGUAAUGAAUAUUUGGAGAGGUUAACCAACAAAGAAUAAAUGGUUUAAAAGAGCAGCAGAUAUUAUAGCUAAGAAUUCUAAAAUUAAUAAAUAAGUUGCUUAUUGGAGAAUAAGAGAUAAUUGUUUAAAUUAAAAAGCAGUUGGAUUAUCUACUUAAUAAAUUAUUAAAUUUAAAAAAUUAUUUAAUAAUUUAUAUAUAGUUUUUCAUAGAGUAAAAUAAAGAGCAUUUACACAUUUAGAACAUUAUGGUAAAGGGAUAACUGAUGAUAAUUCAUUUUAACCUUCACAUUCAAGUUUUCUAUAAUAAACUCCUAUUAAAAAUGUUUUCUUUAAAACAGAUUUUGAUUCUAUUUUAUCAAAAAAGGGUUAAAAAAUAGCUAUUAAUAUUAUCAAUAGGAUUUUUAAAGUAUAUCUUAAACAAAGAUUUAUUGAAUUAAUGAUUGAAUUGGAUGAAUAAAAAUCAAAAAAUUAAUCUAAUUCAUAAAAAAAAGGAGCAGAAAAAUUAUUUAUUAUUUUAGAAUAAAAUUUAAAAUUAAAAUAAUAAGUUAUUUGUUAUUAAAUUUAAUAAGUAAUUAUUAAUAUUAUAUAUUAUUAGCUUAAUUAAUAAGGAGUCUUAAAUUAAAUCAAUGAAAUUAUUAAUUGUUAAUAAUCAACUUAAAGUGUUAGUAGAUUAGAAUUAAGUUAAGUAAAAGAAUAAUAGAUUAAACUUCAUGAUUAAGAAAGAUUUAUAGAAGAUUUGUAAUUAAAAUUAAGAACUGUAUCUAUUCAAAAGUUUAAUUUUAUUUAUUAUACAAUAGAUUAUCCAAAAUAUUACAAAAAUAUCAAAAUCAUUUUGUUAAGGAUGCAUUAAUAAGCAUUUCUAAAUACUAACUUGAAUGA